UUAAUGUUUGCUCCAAUCUGAUCACACACCACUUGCACUUGCAGUUGGAUCUCCAUCUCUAUAAAGCAUGGAAGCUUCUCACUUCAUUUCUGCAGCUAGCAAUGGCUAAACCAUCUUCUGUAAAUUCCACCAUAGCCAUUGAGGAGAUCCAAGAAAGGACAAGAAGAACUCUGCAGAGAGGAUUGGAUCCAACGGCUGCGAUGAAGUUGAUCGACACCCUUCAAUGGCUGGGAAUCUCUUAUCAUUAUGAAGAAGAGAUUGAAUUCUGGUUGGAGAAAUUACAGCAUUGGGAUGCUGGAGAAGAUGACUUACAUGCCGCAGCUUUACGCUUUCGACUGCUUCGACAAAAUGCAAGGCCUGUUAGCUCUGAUGUUUUUAAAAAAUUCAUGUUGAAAGAGCAAGACAAAGAGGGACUAUUGAAUUUAUACGAAGCUUCAUAUUUAGGAGGAAAUGGUGAGGAUACCUUAUCCGAGGCCAUGAAAUUUGCGGAAAAUGAACUGAAAUCUUUGCCAGUGCCACAACAUAUAUCGAGACGUGUGGCCCGAGCCCUUGAGCUGCCGAGGCAUCUUCGAAUGGAGAGGUUGGAGUCGAGAUUGUACAUUGACGAAUACCGGUGUCAAGACAACCAUUGUCCCCUUCUUCUAAAGCAUGCAAUAUUUGAUUACAAUGAGGUCCAGUCAUUACAUCAAACUGAACUUGCUGAGGUAUCAAGGUGGUGGAAGCAAUUGGGCAUAAUUGAAAAAUUAGGGUUUGCUAGGGAUCGUUUGAUGGAGUGUUUCUUGUGGACAAUUGGAGUUAUUCCCGAACCUAAAUACUCAGAAAUUCGCAUAGAAAUGGUGAAGACAACAGCACUUUUAACAGUGAUUGACGAUGUUUUUGAGAUGUAUGGCUCCAUGGACGAACUUCAUCUCUUUACCAGUGCUAUCCAAAGGUGGAAUCUAGAUACUAUUGAACAGCUUCCAGAAUACAUGAAAAUAUGUUACUCGGCAUUAUACAAUACUACGAAUGAAAUUGCCUUCAAAGUACUCAAAAAACAAGGGAGAAAUGUUCUACCUUUCCUUUCAAAAGUGUGGGUGGAUACAAUCGAAGCUUAUAUGAUCGAAGCCAAGUGGUUCAACAAUGGGAACAUACCUUAUGUAGAAGAUUAUCUCAAAAAUGGAGUAACAACUUCGGGUUCAUACAUGGCUCUUGUCCAUUUAUUCUUUUUGAUGGGUGAAGGAAUUACAAUUGAAAAUAUGAACCUAAUGUCUAAACCUUAUCCUAAGUUAUUAUCAAACUCAGGAACUAUUCUUCGACUUUGGGAUGAUCUUGGAACUACUAAGGAAGAACAAAAUCGCGGCGACAAUGCAUCAAUAAUAACCUCCUUGUUGAUGCAUAAAAUUGCUGGAAGUGAAGAUGAAGCUAAGAAAUAUGUUAAGGAGCACAUCCUCCAUAUAUGGAAAAAUAUGAACGACGAGCUUAAGGGUUCGAAUUUAUUGCCAUUAGCUUUCGUGAAGGCAUGUUUGAACAUGUCAAGAACUUCACAGGUUGUUUACCAACAUAAAGAAGAUAGCUAUUUAUUCAGUGUGAAGAAAUAUGUUGAUCUCAUACUUUUGAAGCCAAUAACAUACUAAAAUGAGAUUAACUAUUUAGAAAAAUGUCUAGUAUAUUUAUACCACAUUAUACUGCAUUUGAUAUUUUCAUA